CAACCUCAAACCCUUCUCGCAGCGUAAGUAGCUCCUUUUAUUCCUCUGAAUUUGGUUCUGAUGAUUAUAUUCUCAUGAAAACUUUUAGUUACUCUGUCUCCUGAAAGUUGCAUUAGCUUUUCCUGGAAAAUGUAGUUUCUUUUUUGAGAUAAAGUUGUGAUUUUUUCCACCCUUUUCGUUGCCUCUUUUGCAUAUUCUGCUUCUUCUUCACAUGUUAAGUUUCAGAAAGCUCUGGUCUUUUAGGUUCCCUUCUCAUUUAGCUUAAAUCAUAAGUAAAAUUACUAACUUUUUACUCCAUGUAAAUGUUGAAAUAACUAGGAACUUGACCUUUUGCUCUGAAGAAAUUGGACCUUGAAAUAUAAAAAUGUCUCCUUUUUGUUCUUCUUUUUUAGUUUGUAAUUAUUAUUUCAGCUAUUAGUUUACUUUUAAAGUAGAAUAUUGGGAUAGUUCUUCAUAUGUGGUUUGAUUAAAAAAAGGAACUCUUUUUUUUUCUUUGUUUUUAGUAACUUUUAAGGUUAAAUGUUGAGGCUUUUCUUUGCUGCACUGUGAUUGUUUGCUCAUGCUUGCUUUAAUUAACAUGAUCAUUGCACUCAAGUGAUUUUACUAAUUAGAUACUCCUUUUUCCUGGAAAACUUUAUCCAUGAAACCAAAUAGAUUUCUGAUUCCCUUUGGGUGGGUAUUUAUCUGUUGAUUUUUCUUAUAUUGAAAAAAUGUGUGAAACUCAUUAUGAUUCAUGAUAGUAGUUCUUUAACGUCUAAGUCCCCUCCUUCCACGCCAAUAAUGGAGGAGAAGAUGAAACUUGGUCUAGAAAAUUGACAGUUUAACCCUCUUGUGUCCCAUUUUGGAGGGUGAAUCUGGUGGGGACAUUAAAGUAAAUCUACCACAUUAUGCUGCUUGUGUAGUUGUGUAGGACCCUUGGUACCAGCCUUCAUGAUGAUAGGUUGUGAACAUUACAUUGUCAAGAGGCAACCAAUGAAGAUUCGUUUUAUGUUACUUUAUAGUCAAACAACUUUUAUAGUUAGCUACAAUGGUUACAAUGACAAGAUAUGAAUUGUUUUUUUCUUUCUUUUUUUGGGUUUAUAUUGGAUAAAUCCAGAACAAAACUUAACUAUACAGUCUUUGAAAUCAUAUUUUGGCAAUAUGCUUCUAGUUCACCUGAGAUGUGACUCUGAUUGUGUUGAUUGUAUCAGUCCAUUUUAGAAUAUUGAAUCAAGUGUUGUAUUCUCUAUUGAGUGAAAUAGUAAAGACCAAGUUUUUGUUUGGUGUUCUAGAGCUAUGUAGAUGUUUGAUCAAGAAUCAUAAACACGAGGGCAUGCACUCAGAUCUUAAUGCGGUUUUAUGGUAUUAAUGCACAAUCCAACGAAUCUCAAUGUCUGACUCUGACAUAAGACACUAGUUAGAAGAGCAAUAAAAGAUUUUGUUUCUUCUUUGGGAUGUUCAUAUUUCUGGUAGUGGAUUUGAUUAUAGACGUAAAGAUAUAUUUUUUUACGCUUAUCCUUUCUCUGUAAUAACUCCUAUCAUGUUUUCUCUCUGCCAUUGGAUUCUUAAUUAUGUCUCCAUCUUUCUGCAUUAAAUAUUCAUGACCUCUCUACAAUUCUUGGUGGGUCAGGCUACAUUGAAGAAACAAAGAGGAGGCUAAAAAUAUCUUUUGUAUAAACAAGGUUUUGAUUCAUCCUGUGUUUUGGAGAAGUAAUAUUACAGUAUGCAGACCCAAAAGGCAAGAAAUGGAUCUCCGGAUGUUCCUAAGAAGGUGUCUCCUCGAGCUGCUCGGCCACUGAAGAUCGCAGCGCUAGAGCCUGAAUCUUCUUCAUCUCCUAUCUCAGCUACUAACAGAACACCAAAGGAUAAGAGUCCAAACGUUCUAAAUCGUAGGUCUCCUCGAAGCCCUGUCUCUGAGAAGAAGAGGCCGAGUAGAAUAACGGAGCUAGAGUUGCUAGUCUCGCAGCUUCAGGAGGAGCUAAAAAAGGCGAAAGAUCAAAUCUCAGUGUCUGAAACAUCAAAGAAGCAAGCAGAACAAGAAGCAGAGGAGUCCAGGAAACAGCUCCAAGAAGUUUCUUCUAAGCUUGAGGAGAGCCAGAAUCAGUUUGUGGAAACUUCAGCCUUGGAAGAAGAAACCGAUAAAACCGGUUCUCUUGUUUUUCAAAGUGUAUCUCAGGAGUGUGAUUGGGAGUUUAGUGCUACUGCUGGUGAAAGAGCAGGAUUAGCUGCUGUUGCUCAUGAGAUCCGACAACUCAAGCUUCAGAUUGAGAUGGUGGCUUCUUCUGAAGCUGGUCAUGUGAAACAAGCUGAGUUGUAUAACUCAGAGGUUCAACUUUUGAGAGGAAACUUAAUGGACACGCUUUUCCACGUCGAGAAUUUCAGGAACCAACUUAAGGACUGUGAGAUAUCAGAAGCUGAAACCGAGGCUUUAGCCACUGAAACUCUUAGGCAAUUGGAGAAUGCGAAAAAGGCAGUAGAAGAACUGAAGUCAGAUGGCACAAAAGCUGUUGAGAGUUACAAGAAGAUGGCUGUGGAGCUUGAACAGUCAAAAUCAAGGAUGGUAUGGCUUGAAGCUCUUGUGAAUAAACUUCAGAACAAUCCAGCAGAUUUGGAAAACCACGAAAUCCUGCUUAAAGACUAUGAAAGUUUGAGACGUGGGGAAUCAAAUGAGAUGGAUGAAGAAGUAUCUUCCUUAAGAUGUGAGGUAGAGCGACUGAGAGCAGCUCUAGAAGCUUCUGAUAAAAAAGACCAAGAAGGUAAUGUAGAGGCUUCUUCUCGGUUACGGAUACAAGCUGAACUCCAGUCUGAAUUAAAGAUUGCUAAAUCUGAGAUAGACGAGCUAAAGGCGAGGUUGAUGGACAAAGAAACAGAAUUACAGUUUAUUUCAGAGGAAAGAGAUAACUUUAGCAUGAAACUGAUGAAGAACCAGAAAGAAAUAGAUGUUGAAGCUGAGCUGAAGAAACUAAGGGAGGCGAUCGAGAAUUUAAAGGCGGAUUUGAUGGAUAAAGAAACAGAACUCCAGAUCGUUUCAGAUGAGAACGAGACAUUGAAGUCAGAUAUCCACAAGAGCGAGACAGAUGUACAAGACGCGUUCCUGAAGCUAGGGAUUGCAAUGGAAGAGGCUGACAAGAGUAGCAAGAAAGCGGUUAGAGUCACCGAGCAACUAGAGGCUACUCAAGCUUCAAACUCAGAAAUGGAAACAGAACUCAGGAAGCUCAAAGUUCAAUCAAACCAAUGGAGAAAAGCUGCUGAAGCAGCUACUGCCAUGCUCUCUGCUGGAAACAACGGGAAAUUCGCUGAGAACUAUAAUCAAACGAACUCCCCGUACUCUGAGGAUAUCGAUGAUGAACUGACAAAGAAGAAAAAUGGGAAUGUGCUCAAGAAGAUUGGAGUUUUGUGGAAGAAGCCUCAGAAAUAGUUGGAGAAUAACUUAAUAUAAUUAGGUAUCGUCGACUUGGAGUUGGAUUAUAAGAGCAACUCAUGUGACUUCGGUAUCGAUGUGAAUUAGUAGUUUGAGAACAAUGUUGUGGAAAAUACAUGUUCCAAAGAUUUUUAGCUGUGGUAAUUUUACUUUUUUUUUUUUUUUUUUUUUUUGAUAAAAUGUGAAUGUUCCU